AUGAUGGCCAGGUCCUCUGUCAAGAUGAUGCUUGCUACAGUGCUCAUGGCAUUAUGUUACGCACAUUUAAGUUGGGCUACACAAUAUUUUGUGGGUGACUCCGAAGGUUGGGUCCCGAACAAGGAUUAUACAGCUUGGGUUAAUGGGAGAACCUUUUCUAUUGGAGAUGUUAUAAUUUUUCGCUAUGAGAAGGGCCAUGAUGUAGCCGAGGUGUAUCAAGAUGGAUGGUUCGAAUGCAGGGCGGACAAUCCAAUUUUUUACUCCAAAAAUUUGGACACCUAUGUUCCGCUCGAGAAGACAGGAGAACAUUACUUCAUUUCUACUGGGCCUGGAGAUUGUCAUGCUGGAAUGAAUCUUAAAAUUAAUGUGGCAUAA